AUGUCAGAAUUUGCUCUCUUAAAAUUGUUUGAUCUGUUUGUCAUCAGAUCAGAGGAUCUUGGACAAACAUCAACAGUAAGCAACAAUGUUGGAAUCUUAUCAUGUGAUUUUGAGUCCAGCAGUAUCUGUGGGUACACUCAAGACAAAUCAGACAACUUUGACUGGACACGGAACCAUGGCGGUACUGGUUCAGCCAACACAGGGCCUUUCAGUGACCACACAUUAGGCACCACAUCUGGAAACUAUAUGUACAUUGAGACUUCGAGACCACGAACCCCCAACCAAAAGGCUCGUCUCCUGUCGCCCAUGACAUCGUACACUACAGGAGCAGCCUGUGUGUCAUUCUGGUACCAUAUGUAUGGCAGGAAUAUUGGUGCCUUAAACCUGUACUCAAAGGUAGGAUCCACCCUUGGCCAACCUAUCUGGACACGGCACAGUAACCAAGGCAACCAGUGGAGCACUGGACAGGUGACUGUCCAGUCAUCGCAGGCAUACCAGAUUGUCUUUGAAGGAAUUGUUGGGAAUGGUUAUGCUGGAGAUAUUGCUAUUGAUGAUGUCCGGGUGACCGCUGGGGCAUGUGGAGCCAGUGACAAGGCCACACCCCCAGUGGUCAAACUGGCCCAAACUAUGAUCACACCCAAAACAAUGGACAAGGGAGAUACAUCUUCAUUGAAACAAGCAGUCCUCGUUCACCAGGGCAGAAAGCCCAACUUCAGAGUGAGUCCUUUCCUGCCACUGGAAAGGGCACCAAAUGUUUCAAGUUCUGGUACCACAUGUAUGGCUCCCACAUGGGCACAGUGA